GGGCCGGGCCGGGCCAUGAAGGGGAAGGAGGAGCGGGGGGAGGGCGGCGCGGCGGGGCCCGGGGGAGGCGGAGGAGGCGGGGGGGGCUCCUCGGCGGCAGCUACGGGGCCGGGAGCCACGGGGGGAGGCUGCGGCGGAGGAGGAGGAAGCCCGGAGAAGAGCUACAGCGCGCAGGAGCACAAGGAGCAGGGCAACCGCCUCUUCGGGGGCCGCAAGUACCCCGAGGCCGCCGCCGCCUACGGCCGGGCCAUCAACCGCAACCCCUUGGUGGCCGUGUACUACACCAACCGGGCGCUGUGCUACCUGAAGAUGCAGCAGCACGACAAGGCGCUGGCGGACUGCAAGCGGGCGCUGGAGCUGGACGGGCAGUCGGUCAAGGCGCAUUUCUUCCUGGGGCAGUGCCAGAUGGAGAUGGAGAGCUACGACGAGGCCAUCGCCAACCUGCAGAGAGCCUAUAACCUCGCCAAGGAGCAGCGGCUGAACUUCGGGGACGACAUCCCCAGCGCGCUGCGCAUCGCCAAGAAGAAGCGCUGGAACAGCAUCGAGGAGAAGAGGAUCAACCAGGAGAACGAGCUGCACUCCUACCUGACCAAGCUGAUCAUGGCAGAGAAGGAGAGGGAGCUGGCCGAGUGCCGGAAGACUCAGCAAGAAGAAAGCGUGGACGAGAGCCGGAGCCGCGUUCAGCUGGCCGGCAUCGAGGCCAAGCACGACAAGUACCUGGCAGACAUGGACGAGCUCUUCUCGCAGGUGGAUGAGAAGAGGAAGAAGCGGGACAUCCCCGACUACCUGUGCGGGAAGAUCAGCUUCGAGCUGAUGCGGGAGCCCUGCAUCACGCCCAGCGGGAUCACGUACGACAGGAAGGACAUAGAGGAACACCUCCAGCGCGUGGGUCAUUUCGAUCCCGUCACGCGGAGUCCCCUGACCCAGGACCAGCUGAUCCCCAACCUGGCCAUGAAGGAGGUGAUCGACGCCUUCAUCUCGGAGAACGGCUGGGUGGAAGAUUACUGAGGGGCCCGGGGGUCUCGCCGAGCCCCCUUUUUUUGGGAUCUCCCCGCCGCCCUGGCCGGGCUGGCACCAUGCCUUACUCCCUCCCUGCCUGUCCCCCUCCGCUCUGGGUGCCCAGGGACCCUUCGGCAGCGCUGGGCGAGGGCACGGGGAACCGCGGCUGGGCCGGUCUGAAGGCUUCUGCCCGUGGGGAGCGCGGUGCUCGGAGGAGCCCUGGCCAGCAGCAUGGAGGAGGGUGGCUUGCGGCCUCCUGGAAGGGGUCGCCAACACCUUCAUCGCCCGGAGAAGAGGGAAGGGACCCCCCCAGCGCUGACAAUCUCCAAAGUUGCUCCCCCCACGGCAGGAGGCAGCGUGCUGGGGUGGGUGCCCGGUGCUCCGGCCAGGUCCCCUCCUCUCCCCCGUGUACAUAGCAAAUUUCCUCCUCGUCCAGCUCCCGUGGGGCCAGCGUGGUGUCUCCCCUCCCUCCUGUAAAUAGCCACGUGCUGGGGUGGGAGCCAAGGGGGUGCUCUGCCCCUACUGCCUUGCCUUUGGGUUUUUUCUGGGGAACAACAGCCCCGGGGCUGGAAGGGGCUGGGGGUGCGCCCUCCUGCUGGCCCCGGGCCCGUGGUUCCCCUUGAACAAGCACCCGGGUUCAAGUUCAUCUUCCUUUUAAUGAAAUCCCUUUGGAAAAAAAAAAAAAAAAAAAGAAACCAACUCCCCCCCCAUCUGACUGAGGCUCCAGCAUUGUGUGGGCGGCGGCAGCGCCUGCAGCCCGCCCGGCUUCCCAGCGCUCCGCCCGUUGGCCGAUGUCAAUAAAAAAAUAAAAAAACCCAAAACCAAACCAAAACCAUU